UUCGCGCCGGGCUCUGCGCUCUGACGUCAAUGGGACUAUAUAAGGGAAAGAUCCCAGGGUUUUAUUUUCGCAGCCCUGGACAUUUGAAAAUGACCAAGAUAACGUCUAUCAACUCUGUCGACGACGCGCAGCUACCUUCAACCGAAAACACACCAGAUUCGAUACCAGACUUGGAGCAUUCAGUUGAUAUGGAGGGAUCAGGAGAUCCUGAUGAUGGAACACAUGAACUCGAGUCAGAUAUUUCCCCUUCCGUAGAUAGCUUUCCAACAACAGCUUCAGGCGAUGAGGAACAAGAGUCACCGGAAACAGCUGAAACUGCAACUGUCUCAAAACCACCAAUGAUAAAAGAGUUAGCCCUUGCAUUUUGGUUUUAUAUUGGUUCAUGCGGAAUUCUGAAAAAAUACCUGGGUGUCAAAGAUUAUACAGAAAAACCAACAAAUUAUGAAAUUUCAUCUCUGCCAAUUAAUUACGGAUGCAACACUGAAAAUGCCCUUUGGGUUUUUCCUGUUAUUUCGAUUAUAACUGGCUACAUACAAUAUGAAGAACUGAACGAAGAACGGUGUCGGCUUUUAACUUUUCGCCCAGAAGUUAAUUACCUCUCGAGAAAGGCUUUAGCAAAAAAUGGCUUUUACUACUUUGGGAAUGGACACCGCAUUGCCUGCUAUUUUUGCAAGAGGUGGGGCACUGCCUUGGGCGACCCGGAGGGUUUGCAAGAGAUACGCUCGUGUCAUCACACAAAUUGUCCAAUGGUGACAGGAGAACCGUGUAAUAACAUCCCACUUUCUGUGAGUAGCUGUCAGGACCCCACGGCCGAAAGUCAAACGGUAGCAGAGCAACCCACUGAUGAGAACAAUGACAUACCACUUGGAAGAUGGCUGGACCAAGCAGCAAGGGAUGAUGUCCCGGUUCGUAGAGAGAGGCUUCUUUCCUUGCAAAAUGAUUGUGGAAUAGAGGAUCACAGGAGGAUCAUGUCCCCUCCGCUUUACCCGCUUUUGUCAAGACCUGAAACAAGAAGGCUAUAUUUUCCCAUCUCCAUCGAUAGUAGAAUCAUCGAAAACUUCUCGGGGGCAGGUUUCUUUUUUGCUGAGGAAAGCAUCUGCUGCUUCUGGUGUGGAAUUCGGUUUGCUUUCGAAAGGGUAGCUUUGCAAGUCGUCGACAUCUGGGAACUACACGCCCAAGAGAAACCAACAUGUGUUUACCUUAUCCUUCGAAUGGGGCUGGCUAACGUACAACGCUGGAGUGGACAUAGUCAAAUACAACAUUCUCCACUCCAAGAAGCUGCAGUAUCACGGCCAAUUCAAGAAGAGGGCGAGACAGCCUCAAGCACAUGUCGCGCAUGUAACAGACGACCACGGGAAGUUCGAUUCCUACCGUGUGGACACGUUGUUUACUGUGCAGAUUGUGCCAGUGUCCAGUUUUGCUAUGACUGUCAUCGGCCCGUACACGACAGGAUUCGUGCUAACCCCUGAAUGGGUUUUCAAAAAGGAUGGACAAUGUAGUAUUUUAACUGAAUAAUAUUCACCAUCAAUAUCAUCGUCACAAUUUUUAAGAAAUUAAUAAAAUAUUCAUCGUCUUC